AUGGACCAGCGUGAGAUUCUGCUGCAGAACCUGGACAGGGCCCAAAGCAAGAAGCUCAACCGAGAAGAGUUCGCAGAGGAGUUUUUGAAGCUGAAAAGGCAGUCAACAAAGUACAGAUCGGAUAAAAUCUACCCUACAGCAGCAUCUGAACAACCAGAGAACAUCAAGAAGAACAGAUACAAGGACAUCUUACCCUUUGACCACAGCAGAGUGGAGUUGUCCCUGACUACAUCAGAUGCAGACUCUCCUUACAUCAACGCUAGCUUCAUCAAGGGUGUCUAUGGGCCGAGAGCAUACAUUGCAACCCAGGGUCCUCUCCCCACUACUGUCGUUGACUUUUGGAGGAUGAUUUGGGAGUAUGAAGUUCUGAUUGUGGUCAUGGCUUGUAUGGAGUUUGAAAUGGGAAAGAAGAAAUGUGAGCGGUACUGGGCGGAGGCUGGCGGCUCUCCCCUGCAGUGUGGCCCUUUCUCCAUUGCCUGUGAAGAUGAAGAGAAGAAAAAUGAGUAUGUGAUUAGGACUUUAAAGGUGACCCUGAAUGAGGAGAUCCGCACAGUUCACCAGUUCCACUACAAAAACUGGCCAGACCACGACGUCCCCUCAUCCAUUGACCCCAUCCUGGAGCUGAUCGGUGAGGUUCGCUGCUACCAGCCGGAUGACAGCGUCCCCGUCUGCGUCCACUGCAGUGCUGGCUGUGGGAGAACAGGAGUCAUCUGCGCAAUCGACUACAUCCAGAAGCUGCUGAAGGACGGAAUUCUUCCAGUGAACUUCAGCAUUUUUAGUCUGAUCCAGGAAAUGCGCACGCAGAGGCCUUCCAUAGUGCAGACCAAGGAGCAGUAUGAGCUGGUUUAUGAUGCGGUGAUUGAGCUUUUCAAAAGGCAGAUUAAAGCACUCGAUGCCCAGGAAUACUCUGCUGCUUCACAGGUACAAGCAGGCCAUCCUGUUGCCAAGCCACUUCUGACUUCACUGGAAGAUAUUUAUUCUCUGCAGUCACUAUCCUGCUCAGAGCGAGAGGAACAGGAUGUGCGUCAGCAUCUUCCUCCGGUGGUGCAAAGCGAAGCAUCUCUGGCAUCGUGGUCUGCCAUGGGGGCACGGGGCAGCUCUGGUCGUGGAGCCCCUCCCAUCAGACAGGCCAUCUCCUUUGGCGCCUUGAACUUCAUCAAGUGCAGAAAGGCAGCUGCUGGGGAGAAGUGGGCUUCUGGGGAUGCUCUUCAGAAACACCACAGUUUGGAGUUCACCAGCAUCUCCCCUGAGCCUCUCCUCCUGAGCCAGGAGCCGAAGGGAGCGGGCAGGCGCGGGCCUUGCGGCAGAACGCCUCUGACACGGACGGCAUCGACCCCUUUUGUGCUGGCACAGCGCGGAGCAGGCUGGGAAUGGGAUGGAGGGGACACAACGCCUGGCGCGAGUUGGCAGUUGCCAGACACCUGCUUCUCAAGCUUUCAGGUGCAGGAGCAGGAUGGAUUUUGCCCUGUUGAGCCGAACCACUGGAGCCGAGAAGAUGGUCGCCAUGCAGGUGACCUGUGCACCUCUUCCAAAUUAGCCACCCUGCCACAGCCAGAUGACGAUGAGCCUCCGCCCCUGCCCGAGCGAACCCCCGAAUCUUUCAUUGUGGCCAAUGAAUCUGGACAGCUUCCUCUGGCCACUUCUGAUUUUCCGCUUUCAGCCAGAAACACAAAUAUCAGAACCUCUCUGGAGUGGAGUGGUGAGUCUCACUCGGAGGUGUUUAACGACUCGAUGAGACUGAGCCCAUGUAAGAGUGUGAAGCUUAGGAGCCCACAGAGAGAGACAACCCGGGAUCACUCUAGCUCUCCUCCCCCGCUUCCUGAAAGAACCCCGGAGUCAUUUGUUCUUGAUGAUGCAGCAAGCUUGGAGCCUGCUGCAAGAUGUUCUACGCGUCCUCUGGGCUUGGGGAACAACGCUCCCGGAACAUCAUCAAAAGGGCCUAUGAAAUGCUUCAGGAGAAGUAAGAGCUUGAAAAUAUUGAAAAAUGUGAAAAAGAGCAUCUGUGGUCCAUCUUCACUGACAAAACCACCAGAAUCUGCCCCGUCAAACCAGGCAAGGUCUUUCCUUAGCUUUGGCUUCGCAAAUAGAUUUUCAAAACCUAAAGGACCAAGAAAUCCACCACCAGCAUGGAACAUUUAG